AGCUACGCACUACCGAUGAUGGUUCAAUUCGUGUCAUUGAGCCAUCGUCAGUUGUGGCGUAGUUGUUUGUAGUCAUUGAGUGUAAUUUUUUAUUUAAAUGUUAAUUAUUAUUUAUGAUUUAGCUGUUUUAUUCUAAUUGUAUUAAUUUGUUAGUGAGAUAUGAUCGAGAAUAGUUUAUCGAUAAGUGAAAUCAACCUCCAGUAUUAUGUACGGAUCAAAUGAUGUCACUUCAAAUGAAGGCUCAAUGACAGAAGAGCAAAACCAACUGAAAUUAACGUUCAAGACGGAUGAGCUAGUUAGCAGAAGUGAUUCAAUAGUGUCGUUAUCGUCCUCAGGUGUUUCUGAUACUGAAGUCUCUGUACCUGACGUGGCUUUUGUUGCAAGCUCUAGUAAAGGUUCAACCAUAGAUUCGCCAAGAUCUAAUCGAGAAAGCCAGCCGCUUUUGGGGCGGAUGGAGGCCGAUAUUCAAUUCAAUACAUUUCCAGAUGAUCCCUCAUUCUCAGAAAUAAUUCGUCAGGCGGAAACUGCAAUCGAUAAUGGAAUCUAUCCGGAAAGAAUUUACCAAGGAUCUAGUGGAAGCUAUUUUGUCAAAAAUCCUGCUGGUAAAGUGAUAGGCGUGUUCAAGCCGAAAGACGAGGAGCCGUACGGCCGCCUGAACCCGAAGUGGACCAAGUGGAUGCACAAGCUGUGCUGCCCAUGCUGCUUCGGCCGCGAGUGCCUCAUCCCCAACCAGGGCUACCUGUCCGAGGCCGGCGCCUCUCUCGUCGACCACAAGCUCCAGUUGAAAGUCGUUCCAAAGACAAAGGUUGUGAAAUUAGUCAGUGAAACAUUCAAUUACCAUAGAAUCGAUAGAAGAAAGUCGCAGGUGAAGGUUGCUAUCAAUGAACAUUUUCCAAAACUAGGACGCCGCUUCCAUAGACUAGGAUUGAGGCCAAAGGUGGGCUCGUUCCAAAUGUUCGUGGAUGGCUACAAGGACGCAGAGUUCUGGCUGCGGCGCAUGGAGCUGUCGCCUCUGUCGCCCUCGCUGCAGUUGCAGUUCCGGCUGCAGUUCGAGCGCAUGGUCAUCCUCGACUACAUCAUCCGCAACACAGACCGAGGCAAUGACAACUGGCUCAUCAAGUACAACGCGUCCGUUAGAGAGCGAACCACUCCCACUGCUCUUCCUAACGAGGCCGAGAUGGAGGAUGCCACUAAACAGCCCCUAAAGUCUAGAACAUUCAUUCAGUAUUUGACAUUUUUGACGACGCCGCGAACGAGAGCGGACGCUAGCCCUGAUGAGAACAUUGUUCGCAAACCUCCCGAGGCGUGGGUCGAUGUGAGUGGGGACGAUGAUGCAGCUGCUGCUGACGGCAAGGAUGAUGUUUUCAUGCAGAGUGCCGUUCUAGAGAGUCAGCAGUCGCCGUCUGCAGGCCAGCAGGCCGACGACAACACGGCUUGUGCCGAAAUGCAAGUCCUUACGGAGUGGAACGUAGUGGACCGACCCGAGGUGAAGAUAGCGGCAAUCGACAACGGACUGGCUUUUCCGUUCAAGCACCCCGACUCGUGGCGCGCCUACCCCUACCACUGGGCGUGGCUGCCCUAUGCCAAGGUGCCCUUCAGCCAGGAGACCAAGGACCUUGUGCUCCCGCACCUCUCCGACAUGAACUUCGUCCAGGAUUUGUGCGAUGACCUUUAUCAGCUGUUCAAGCAAGACAAGGGCUUCGACCGACACCUGUUCGAGAAGCAGAUGAGUGUGAUGAGGGGUCAGAUCCUGAACCUGACGCAGGCCCUGAAGGACAGCAAGAGCCCCGUGCAACUGGUUCAAAUGCCGGCGGUGGUCGUGGAGAGGUCGAAAGGCCACGUCGGCACUACGUCACGCUUUCGCUCCUUCAGCGACACCUUCACGCAGCGAUUCAUGAACAAGAGUCCGUUCUUCUCAUGGUGCUGAUGUCUGAAAGCGAGCGCGGCCCACUCUAAACUGUGAUGUUACCUUCAGUGCUACUCGAUUUAUCCAACGAUUCAUAUUAUUUUUGUAAACUAAGAUACUAGUUCCAGUCGUUUCUAAUUAUAUACUCGUAAACUAAUCAACGUUCGCCACCUCAACAUCACACGCCACUGACAUCAUUACCUAGGCUACUAUGGAAACUUUAGAUAUGAUUCCUAAAAUAUGAUGGAAUUUAGGGAUUCUUUUCAAAAUAUGAAAAUUAUUAUUGAAUUAUGAUGUAACUCAGAACUAACAUCAUUCAUUAUUUAGCCUACUUUAAAAACAUUCGAGUGAAAAAUAUUCCGAAACUACCGUAGCAGAUGAAUAAAAGAAGUACUUGAAGCUUGAAUAACAGAGGAAAAUGAGUUUUCAAUUCAAGAGUCUAUUGACAAAGACUACGAAGCAAAUGAAUCCAAAAAAAUAGUUGAGAUUGAAUUUUAGAGAAGCAUCUGUCUUUAAUUCGAGAGUCUCUAUUGUAAUAUCUGUAAUGUGUCAUCAAUCUACUUUUACAUAAACCUUUUUUAAAUUCUGCCUUUGUGAAUCUUUCUUCCAAUGAAUUUAUGCUCUGGGCAGAAAAAUAAUAUUAUCAAUUCUUAUUCGAGUUUUCAUACAUUUGCAGUCUGCCAUAGAAAAAUGUCUAUGAUAAAUUUCUGCUGGACAGAAAAAUUAUAUAAUUUGCAGUCUGCCAAUGUGUUAAUAAGAACCAAUUCUUUCGGUAUCCUUCUACUACUUAGAAGACCAGAAAAUAAAUAGAAAACUGGAUUUUUUAUACUUGAAUGGGAAGUAAGAGCUCCCAAUAAACAACAUGUUACAGCUCUAUCCCAAAAGUGUGUUUGUGUGCAUACACAGAUGAUGAUUAUAAUAAAUCUAACUAAAGAUUCAUGGCUUAAAUGAGACUAUUGAAACUCUAAUUAGAAAAAUAAUUAUAUUUACAGAAGAAAGAGCUCAUAUAAAACAGCUAACCUACAGCUUUAAACUGCAAGAGUGUGUGUGUGUGCAUUUCUAGGUUGGUGGUUGUAAUGAACUUAAAUGAAGAUAUUUGAAUGCAUUAAUACGUGAUAUUAAAUAAAUUUUUCUGAAGAUUCAUAAAUACGGUAAGUCUUGAUGAAAUUGUAUUCUUCAUUCCAGUCAUAUUUUUUAGCAGCAACUUUUUAAUUAUCUACAACUAAAUCCUGAAAGAUUUGUUCCUUAUUAUUUUUGUUGUAGCUAAUCAUUAUUUUAACUCAAUUUAUACGACACAAGUCGUGGUAAUUUUAUUAUUACUCAAAAAAAGUCAUUGCUUUGUAAUCAUAUUAUUUUGUCUUUAUAUUUAUUUAUUUGUAAUUUUUACUUUAUUACAGAACAAUAUUGUCAAGGCAAACAUAUCAGGUUUUAUUAGCACUCUAUUAUACAUUAUUAAUCUAGCGCUUGAUUCUCAGUUUUAAAAAAAUAUUAAAAGCUUUGCGCUAUUGUUUGUUACUAUUUGAAAUAUAUCAUGUUCAAAG